GCUCUUCAGCAAGGCAGCAGUUGCCAAAAGGGCAUCAGAAAAUUAUCCAACACAAAUGGAAAACUUCUGAUGCAAAUGACCCUAUGCAAAUUAGCGGUUCCUGCAGUUUGGGACAGACUCCUCCUCCUGGAUCUGUGAGAGGCAACACAGGGCUCUUUAUGGUGUGGGAUUUCAUGACUGAGAAAUGCCCUGAUAAUUGGCACGGGAGCCAUCUCAGCUGCAAUAAGAACAAAACAGCUUCACAGGAAGGAGAGCAGCAGCAGGAUCAAGUCAAGCCUUGUAAUGUCUGCCUUUCACUUCUGGCUAAGCUAGAAAGACAUGCAUUCAAAAGCCAGAAGACACUUCUCAGAAUGCAGCACCACAGAGCUCCUUGUUUUGUUUUGACUGUCCUGCCCUCCUUGAAGUGUGCGGUGACAGGGAUACACCAGAGGCAGUGUCGAAGGACAAGCUUAUAAACCAGGAAAGGCCAUGGGCUUUUGCUAUGCCAGCCGUCACGUCUCCUACAAGCUCAAGCUGCUGAUGCUGUUCACCUUAUGUGUCUUAUUGGUGGGCUGGGCCACCUCCACUUACCUGAUGGAUGCUGUGCAUGGAACUCCAAGGACAAAAAACAUGGUGGGAAGUUUCAGGAAGUCAACCCCUCUCACAAAGGAGCGAAAGGGAGAUCCAAAGAGGAAUGCCAUGCCUACUGUGAAACUGCCUAUUGCGAUGUACCCUUGUCCCACUCUGUCUCCACAUCUGCGGGGCCCUAGCAAACUCACCUUCAAAGCCUCUCUCACCCUGGAAGAGGUGCAGAGCGAGAAUUCUCAGGUGGCCAAAGGACGCCAUCGGCCCAGAGACUGCUCAGCUCGGCAGCGAGUGGCUAUAUUGAUCCCACACCGCAAUCGAGAGAAGCACCUGCUGUAUCUGCUGGAAUACCUUCAUCCAUUCUUGCAGCGGCAGCAGCUGGACUAUGGCAUUUAUGUUGUCCACCAGGCUGGCAAUUUCAAGUUUAACAGAGCAAAACUGCUGAAUGUGGGAUACUUGGAAGCCCUGAAGGAAGAGAACUGGGAUUGUUUCAUAUUCCAUGAUGUAGAUCUGGUGCCAGAGAACGACUUCAACAUUUACAUGUGUGGCAGUCAGCCAAAGCACUUGGUAGUGGGUAGAAACAGCACAGGCUACAGGUUGCGUUACCAAGGAUACUUUGGGGGUGUAACUGCUCUAACAAGGGAGCAAUUUGCGAAGGUGAAUGGAUUUUCUAACAGCUACUGGGGCUGGGGAGGAGAGGACGAUGACCUCCGGAUCAGGGUUGAAAUGCAGAAGAUGAAGGUGAUCCGCCCUUCCCCCAAUAUAGCCAAGUACACUAUGAUCUUCCAUACAAGAGACCAAGGCAAUGAGGCAAAUGGACAGAGGAUGAAUCUCCUACGUCAGGUAUCUCGAGUGUGGAAAACAGAUGGGCUAAACUCCUGUUCCUAUAAGCUGCUCUCAGUGGAAUACAACCCUUUAUACACCAACAUCACAGUGGAUUUUGGCAGGCCAACCAAGAUUUCAUAACCAUUUUUUUGUGCCUAACGAAUUUUAUUAGAAUGGAAAAAAGAACUGUCCAUGUCAGAAUUGCAGCAGUUGAACACCCAGCUUUCUCUUGGUGGCUUCCCAGCAGCAAGUACAUUGCAAAUGGGGGGGGGGGGGAGAUAAUAAUGUUAUUUCGUGUCCAGUAGUUUUGCUAGAUAUUUUCUUGUGGACUUCAGAACAGCACUAGUCACUUUAUGUUUGGGGUUUUCUUGGAGGCAUUUCUUUAAACCUGUCUUUUCCUUUGAUUAACAAAAUAUGAUCCUAUCCUCUGGACAGAAAUUAUGUUCCACCAUCUGAAAGCUAUUGGUUUUGAUAGCUGGGGUUGAAUCUCCACUUUUUUGAAGUGGAAAGAGGGAUAUAAAGACAAUACUGCCAUUUUCAAAGGUGCAAAGAAAAAGGGCUUUUUUAUCCAAUGGACAAACUUUAAACAGGAUAAUCAUGUUGUUAGUAGUGGCUGUUGUUGUUUUUCCAAGCCACUCAAGUACUCAUCAUAAUCAUUUUCUGAGGGGAAGGUAUAUUACACCAUCCUGCAAG